GCCAAUGGUGAUGCCACAGCUCUGAGGGUUAAUAGCAUCAUUUGCAGCCAACUGCACUCAUUUUAGCACCCAGGCAGGGGUGAGGAGAGAUGUCUUUUUGGAAGUGAAGGCAGGAGCAAAGGAGAGAGAGAACAAGUUUGUUGCUUCACUAUCAUCUACUGACCUGCAGCAUUUUGUAAGCACCACCAACUGCCAGACCAAACUGCCAACCUGCCACACCAGCUGUCAGAUUCUUCCUGCUAUGCUGUUGUCUCGUUGUUGGUGUUCAGUAGUUUAGGUGCCUUGUCCUGGACAGAAGGGGUGGUUGUAAAACAAUGAAUGCCACCAGAGAGAAGGUCCAGGUGGAGAUGCCAAUUGGAGGUGCCCAGACAGCGGUGGUGGUGGAAGCAGUGACCUGCAGCCUUCACGGUGAGAUUAUGGACAACCACGGGGAACAGAGACUGUCUGCCAGCGAUCUGCCCGUCUAUGGGUGCCCAAGAGACAGACAAGGGGAGCACCAGAACAGCAAUGCACCUGCUGGGCCCGAGAGCUUGGGAGCUGCAGCGUCUGCAGUGCACAGAACCACUUCAUUUUCGGUGCUGGACAUCUUGGACCCUAACAAGUUCAACAGCAAACAGAAACACUGCAGUGGAACAUACAAGCCCCCCAGUGAUUAUAUCCUGAGGGCAGAGGACAAGGCAGAGGAGCACGACAUUGCCACUGGUCAGAAGGCUUUCCUGGAAGAAUAUGACUCCUGCAAAAAGUCCACUGAAGUUAUCAAGGAAGAAAGUGUGUACCACCACUCAGCAGCAGAGGACUGUCAGAACCAGGACUUCAGUCCCAGCCCAGGAAGUGACCUGGAGGAAGAGGAAGAUGAGGAUGAAGACGAAGAGAUGUGCAGUGAGGAGAGUAGCAAUUCUACCCCUUCAGGUCUUGCAGAGAGGGAUCUAGGGGGAGGCAAUGGUCAAGGUGAAGAUGCCCUCACUAGUGUGGCCCCUGCUGGGUCCAACCAACAAUCCAAUGGAAAGAACCAACAGCAGCAGAACCAGCACGGGAAACCCAAAAGAAAGCGAACGGGUUCAGACGCUAAGUCGGGGAAGCCCAGGAGGGCCCGCACCGCUUUCACCUACGAACAGCUGGUGGCGCUAGAGAACAAAUUCAAGUCGACCCGGUACCUGUCCGUGUGCGAGAGACUCAACCUGGCGCUGUCCCUCAGCCUCACCGAGACCCAAGUCAAAAUCUGGUUCCAGAACCGGCGCACUAAAUGGAAGAAACAGAACCCUGGGGCCGACACUAGUGCUCCCACUGGCGGCUCUGGACAUGGAGGUGGAUCUGGGGGCCCUGUGAUGGGAGGGGGUCUCAGCCCUCUUAGCCACUCGCCCCCCAUGGGAAACCCAUUAACCAUGCAUGGUCACCCCGGCUACCCCGGCCAUGGACCUGGCGGCUUAAUGUGCACUGCCCAAUUGCCCUUCCUACCAGGUCCGGCCGCGGUACUGUCCCCCUUUGUGUUGAGUUCCCAGCCCUAUGGGGCCCCAGCAUUCUAUGCCCCUCACUUAUAACCGGUCACAAACUGAGACCAAUGUACAGAGACUGAGAGUUGCCGCGGCACAAUGGACCAUUAGGUGGAAACGUUACGCGCAUCGACCUUCUUCAGGGCUGCAGGGGAACUGCUCUUUGAUUGGGGUUCAAACUCAGUACAGCUCGGGUAUACUGACUUCAAACCUAUGUGAAGUGGAUCUGCGGCCAAUAGCUGAACCCGCUUUAUGUGCCUGGGUAACUGGUGAUCCCCCCGCCAAACCUAGAGCCCUGCAGUCAGUGUAAAGGUAGAACCAUGGACCCAGAGUUACAUUCACCCACCCACUGAUCAGUGUGGCUACAUUCCGUUUAACCCAUUCAGCUCCAGAGUCUGUGAAGUGACUCACAACGGAUACAUCCGGGGGUUAAAUGAAAGCAGGGAGCACUUUGUGCCACAAUCGGCAGAUAAAUAAACGUAUAAGUUACUGUCAAGCAGGAAAAUCCUGCACCCCACUCCGCACACACAAUUUUGGGGUUUGUGCCUCUUAGAAUAUUGAUGAACCCCAACACCCACAGAUACAAGUCUCUAUAUAUAUAUACACACACACACACACAUAUAUAUACAGUAUGUAUAUAUAUAAUGCCAAACGAACUGCUAAACGUAUAUGUACAUAAUGUAUGUGCAAAGCAGCGACUGCCGCGAUAUAUCGCAGAAAAUGACGCAGAGAAACACUUCACCGUCACGAUUCGUUCCAACGACGCAAAAUAAGGGGCACCGGCUUGCGAAUAAUUUGUGGUUCUUUCUGUAAUUGACUGAGGAAGCGAUGCACAAUUUUGGGAUCCCCCGUGCCCCCUGUACCCCUACAUUGUUAAUAUGAGAAAUGAAAAGCUCCCAUUUUAUUCUCAGGGUGAAUAUUUAUUUAGAGACUGAUUUUAUUGUACAUUGUUGAAAAAAAACAAACAAAAACAAUGGAUCUUUCGCUCGUGGUAUCACGAUUAUUAUGGAUUAUUUAUUCGUGCGACUCAAUCCCUUUAACCCUCCCGUAUCCAGAUGGAGAUCGUUCAAGGAGUGAGGGGGUUAACAGAAGGGUUUUAUCAGCCCGUUCCCCUAUGGCUUCUUAUUUCUAUUCCUUUCUUUUUGUGUUUAUUUGUAUCUCGGUGUAUAUAUUACUGAUGAUUACGUUUCUCUUUGUAAUUACCGUAUGGCCAUAGGGUGUAAAUACAUGAAGAACUUUGCUAGAAAAAAUCGUUAAA